AUGAAUGUCGGGUCAAUCUUAAAUGAUGACAAUUUGUCGCUGAAUACAACUCAGUCUAAGCUGACGGGAUCGCCCACCACUAGGAAUACAGCGUUGCAAACACCCCAUCAACACCAGUCUUCUCCUUCAGCACCAGCAACAGGACCAGCACCAGCACCAGCAACAGGACCAGCACCAGCACCAGCAACAGGAGCAGCACCAUCAUCUUCGAAUCGAUCAUCCACUCAUUCCAUCAACCAAAGGCAUUCGAUAACAAGCAUAUUGAAUGAUUCUGUCCAAAAUGACGCGCCUAUACCAAGAGACGCUGCGGCACAAAGCCUGCUGCUACAGCAGCACCAGCACCAGCAGCCUUCUGACCCACAACAUUUCAAAAAACCCAUUAGCGCCAUGAACUCCCCGAGUCUAGUUGGCAAGCCGGCACCUUCAAACUUCAAUAGUAACGUUUCGAGCACAAAGUCAAGCCCUUCUUCGUCAAAGAGAAACAGCAUUGCCAAUAUGAUAACUGCGGACUCUGAUAAAGAGCAAGAACAACGAGAAAGAGAAACCACGCCGUCAAUCCAUCCUCUGGAGGACCAAGAGCAGCAGCAGCAGCAGCAGCAGCAAAGCAAUGGAACCCAGGCUUCCAAGGAAAAGCGAAGUUUGUCGUUUAUGAAUACCGAGGAAGACGACCUUACGAGAAUUAAGAAAUUGAAAAAAUCAAACAAACCGAAACGAUACGAGGAGCCGCCCAUUUGGGCCCAGCGAUGGAUACCUCCGAACGAACAAAAAUACCACCAGAAUCCACAUGCGCAGUCGAGAGAGGAACCCAUGGGGGAAGUAUCUCAAAAUGUGCAAAUCUCGCUGAAACCGGUGUUUGACUACACUUCAACGAGAUACGUCGACCUCCAGUGCAGCAUCACCGGUAGAAUACCACCGAGCUCGAUAACGCGCACCAUUGCAGAGUGGAUCUUUGCCAACUUUGCCAAUAUCGAAGAACAUAAUCGCAAAUUUGUGGAGUUGGAAUUGAAAUUCGGCAAGAUUAUAGAUAAACGCACGGGGAACAGACUCAACCUCAAUGUCACUACCGAAUGUAUAUACAGUGACCCAUCGAGUAUAAAAUUCGACAUGGAAGUCGAGGAAAUUGCAUGGAAAGACGUGCGCAAGCUAUUCGAAGAGCUCGAGCGAACAUAUCAAGAUGAAAAAUUAAAAGACCCGCAACUUGCACAGACUGGUCCCAAGAGGAAAUUCAACGUUUUAGAGUCGGACAAAACGGACUCGUUUUAUCAGAUUGGCAACAAAAACGAGCAUCUUCGGAGAGUACGAGUGUCAAAGGACAAUUUACUUAAACCCCCGCGAUAUACAGCUAUACAAAAGGAUAGAAUUGGCGAUUUGUACGUGCACGACCCGAAAUCGAUGUAUGACUUGCGGCUUUCGUUAUCGUUGGAAACACCGGUUCUUGAAGCCAACAUCGAGUCGAUCAUGACCAAAUAUGCGCCGCCGCAAUUAUCGAGGGAAAAGAAGCGGACAUCGUGGACUCACACGCCAACCGUGACUCAGUUCGACUUGACUAGAGUGCUAGUACCCAAACAGUUUAAGAAUAACAAGCUGGGGAAAACCUUGGUUAACCACGAGACGAAAUUUGAAAUCGAGAUGGAAAUCGAUACUCUUGCCAUAUUUAGCUCCAUCGAUAAGAUCAUGUCGGGAACCGAUAAUUUCCGACUCGAGGAGCUAGUAGAGAUUUUCCUAAACAAUUCGAGAGUUAUAAAUAAUAGAGUGACAAAGUUGGCAGGAUGA